CGGGCAGCGCCGCGAGGAGCUCGGAGCGGCUGUGCUCGGACGGAGCCCCGCGGCUCACGGAGCUGCGGCGGGCAGGGCCGCUGGAUGGGGACGGCCCCGGGCUGCCUGCCGCUAGAUUUGUGACGGCGCGGCCCCGCGGGGCCCGUCCCCCCGGGGGUGGUUGGGCGCUGCCGAGGGGGAGCGGCCACGGGGGCGGACGGACGGACGGACGGACGGAGCGCCGCAGUACCGCGGGCGGCCUCGGGGGCAGCGCCCGGCGCUGAGCGCCCGUCAUGCUGCGGCUGAGCUGCGUGCUGCUGCCCGCCGUGCUGCUGCUGCUCGGCCGUGCCGCCACGGCGCCGGAGGAGUAUGGUCUGGAAAUCACCAACAAUGGUCCCAUCACAACAGGAGCACAAGCCACUCUUCACGCCACUCUGAGGACGAAGAACGACAGCACUGUAUCAAACUUGUAUCACUUUAACUGGAUUUAUGCUCCUCUGAUCCUGAUAGAGAAAUCCGAGCAGCGGUUUAAGUCCGUAAUUAACGUGACUGGUGAAUUUCCUGGGACCUUUCCCGUAUCUGUCUGGGUGACUCACAGAAACUGCUGGUUAUGUCGGCCGGUUGCUAGGAACGUCACCAUGCUUCAGAUCACAGAAUUCGUCACGGGGAAUCUUACCAUUGCCCAGAUAGAAGACAGCAGAUUUAUCAAGCAUGGUUCCAGCUCUUCUAUGGGUGCUGUGACACGGAUUUCUUUCUGCCUUCAUGAUCCAAGUGAUUACUUCAAGUCAGCUUCAUUUGUCUACAACUGGGAUUUUGGGGAUGGAGUUUAUCAGAUUACCAAGGAGCCCUUUGUCUACUGUAACUACUCCACCAUGGGGAACCGCACAGUGCAUCUCAAAGUCGUAGCGGAAUGGGAGCAAAUUGGAAGCAUCAUACAUGAAACAGAAACUGUGCAGAAAACUGGUGAUUUUACCACUGCUCUGGAGCUGCUAGAUGCUGUUAAAAGCAUUCACAUAGUGGGCUCCAGAGAGACUCACGUCAUGGAAAACUUGAGUUUAUCUCUUCACAUCAAUGGCACCCCACCACUGGCAUUAUGCUGGCUCAUAAAGUCCGAGUGCAUUCCGUUAGAAGGCGAAAAGUGCCAUCUGGUGGCGAUCACCGGCUCCUGCUACAACCUCAGCCAUACCUUCAGUGACGCCGGGCAGUACUGCCUCAGCGUCCGAGUGCAGAACGGCGUGACGAUGCUGCAGACCUACCGUGAGAUAAAAGUGUGGCCGACAGGAAUCCAGCCAGCCUUCUUUGUCCUGCUGUGCAUCGCCCUGGUUUUAGUGAUGGUAGGACUGGUGCUGUACACGACCUUUCGAAGUAACACACAACAGAAAGACCUUGUGGAGGUAGCUGACUUUGACUUUUCUCCGCUGUCCGAUAAAAGCCUGUCUUCCCAUUCAGAGUCAGGCUGUGGCCAAGUAUGUUGCAGAUCAUGUUUUCUUCGGUCAUCUCAAGAAGCUGCCCAGGAGAGUCAUGAAUUUCUACUUUCUUUUUACAAGCCAGUCAAAAUGUACACAGUGUGAAGAACACAGCUGCACUUUGGUUACACUAACUCCAAGUUUAACUUUCUCACAUGUGAUGAGUUACAAGCCCAGUGCUGCAUGAAUGAUUUCUUUUUGCCAAUGCUACGAGGUAAACCACUUUGCCAAGUCCAGCACUUGAGUGUUUCAUUAUAUAAUCCAAAAAGGAAGGAGCCUGAAACACAACAAAAGUAAUUUUGCAUUUUAAAAUUAUAUGGAUGUAUACAUUUACAGCUGUGAAAACAGCAUUUUAUUCUUAUGAAAGAUUAUUUUAUGCGCAGGUUUGCUCAACUCACUACCUCUUGUAAUUUAUCUGUUCCUUCUGCUAUAUGUUUCAAAAAAGAAAAUGCUUAAAACAAACAUACUUCUCUUUCUUAUGCUGUAAAAACACUACUGGAAAUGCAAGUCAUCCAAAAGGCAGUUCUAAAAGGGAAUUGCUUGGGUGAGGCUAUAGUCUGCUUUACUGGAAGGACAUAGGCUAUGUAAUUAUGUUGUCUUUUUUCCUCCAUCUUAAAAGACCCCUUUGUGAAGUUAAUGAGGUGGUGUGGGACUGCAGAAGCUGGUGACCUGCUCACGGAAAGGUAGUGCUAUUCACAGGAGUCCGGUGGCAUGGCAGCACCCACUGUGGAAGACUCUACACCUCCAGCAGUCUGAGACCACUCCAGUCUGUAUAAGUAGCAUUUUUUCAUAACAUUCCUUCUUCUUUUCUUUCUUAUGUUACCACCCAGCUGGUCACCAAAGCUCCCAUGUCAAAAAAGCAGUAACUUGCAGCUCAACGUGCUCAGCAAAACACACUCAAUUCACAGUGUUCAAGGCUGUAUAAACUCCUUGUUCAUUGCAGACUGUCUUCUAUGAUCAGCUUCCUGCUCAGCCACGUUUUUCUUCCUGCUAUGAAGUAUUUCAGAGUACCCUGGAGAUUAUUUAUUUAUUUAUACUGACCUGUUUUGGGGCCCAUUUCUUUUCUUAAACACAGUGCUGACAUUUUUGCCACCUCUGACUUGGGCUUGGGGUUUUUCACCUGUCAUAAUUUAUCCGGUGCACUGAAUGAGAGAUACUCAUUUGACUGAAGGGAUUUACCGUUAGGUUUCACAGUUUUUAUUUCACACAUCCAACUUCCACAUUUCCUUUGGGAAGCCCAGCAUCUCAG